CGUAGGUAUUUUUUCGUCAAGGUAUUUUUCUAAUUUCACUAAGCAAAAGCUGCACUUUACAUACGCGCGACCUGGCAUUAUCUCAAGCGCCUUACGGGCCAAGGCUCUUACAAGGUAAUUACGAGCCGCUCUUAAAUUCCUCUCUUUAGGUUCCGGCAUGAGCGUGCUUAGCAUGGCCGCUCUUCGGAUGGUGACGCAGGAGGGCCCGCGGAAGUGUUUGAAGAUCUACGAGGAAUUAAAGAAGAACGUUGCGGAAAAGGCCGCGGCGCCUUUGGCGGCUACGUCGACGUCGACGGCGCCGGAUACGCGCGGUGCGAAAUCGCCGGCGAGCAGCAGCAGGUCGGCCAAAAGAAGAAUCAGACGGAGGAAACUCAAGGAAUCUAGGCGAGGAGGCGAGGAAAUUAUCGGGAUGAGGAGGGAGAGGAGCACAAAGGGAGAGGAGCCUGGCGAGGGCGACGACGACGACGACGAGGAGAGCGUCGACAUGGCUCCGUACAUGUUGGUAACGCACGCGGACGGACGGACGAGCAAAGACUUCCUGGAGAGAUCGCUGAUGGCGGCCUUUCUGCUCAAGUGCCUGCAGAGAGUCGGUUUCUUCGCGUGCCCCACGCCGGACGACGAGGUCCCGGGCGCCGAGGAGAUCAUCGUGGCCGCCCUGCUGCUGAGGAACCUGCAGCUGCUCCAAUUCAACGCCCACGAGUUCUUCGAGACGCGGGCGAGCCCGGGGCAUCGAUUUCGCGGCAGUCGACCGGUCUACCUCGGCGUGGCGAUUUAUCCCACAGUCGCCCGUUUCAAUCACGACUGCUAUCCCGCGGUGACAAGAUACUUUGUCGGUCGACAUAUCGUAAUAAGGGCGGUUCGCGGUCUGCGGCCCGGCGACGUUAUUGCCGAAAACUACGGGCCGAUAUUCACGAAGAGGACCCUCGCCGAGCGUCAAAGGACACUGGCGGGACGGUAUUGGUUCUCGUGCACGUGCAAAGCCUGCCAGGAGGAUUGGCCGCGCUUUGAGAAUCUGACGAACGAUUCCGUCAGGUUGAGGUGUCCAACGGCGGGAUGCGGUGGGCUGCACUCGCGAGCCCAACAGCGGCCGGGUAAGCUGAUAAAAUGCUCGGGCUGUCAAAAGAAGAUCUGCUUGGAGGAUCAGCUCGCGUGCCUGAGGGAGUGCGAGGCCCUCUACGACCGUGGAUUGGCCAGCAUGGAGGAGGAGAGGGUCGACGAGGCGAUCGGGACCCUCUGCGACGCCCUGAAGAGAUUUCACCAAGUCGCCUGUCCACCGCACCGGGGCACACACCUGGCCGAAAUUGCUUUAAGCUCCUGUCUAGCUGACUACGGGAAUACUUGGCGACCGGCGGCGCUUUGAAGUGCGCGCAAAAGGAGAAGGAAGGCUGAUUUGAACGGAUCCUGUAACCGCGCGGGCGACCACCGGCCGGCCGGUUCGAAGAUGUUCCUCGAAUAAAAGAGGAACGCGUUUGAUCGUAGGGUGGACGUCGAUCGGGCCAAUUUGGCCCGACGCACACACCGAGACACAUACAGCGAGACGAUACAGCCGACCAAAGUAGUAUCCUGUAUCGCGUCUCAGACGUGAAAUUUAUUGUCCGUCAAUUUUUUUCAAAAGCGUAAUAAAUUUACACGCUUUCCUCCGAUUUAUUAGCGCUCUGAUUUAUACAACGACGACUAUCGUCGAUAGACUUUAGCGAGUUAUAAAUAAAUAACGCCGAAAGUUAUUAAUUAA